UUGAAUAAAAGAUGAGCCGUAAUCGGCUGCAACCCUAGGCCUGACACACUGAAUAACAUCACACACGCAGUGGUGCGUUAGCCAAGUUCCCAUCAUAAAAUGGUUGUUUUAGGGGCAAGAGACAGGACUGUGUGUGUGCAUGUAUGUUAAGAAAGGUUCCCAUGUGUAUUUGUGUGUGCGAGAGAGUGUGUCUACUGCCAAAUAUACUCUCUGCUAUUUUGGUAAUGGUAGCAAACUUGAUAUGAAUUCUAGCAUCAGGGCCACAGUUAUAGUCUGGUAUUUCAAAGUGGCGUAUUCUGAUUUGGCUCUCUGAAAUACAACGAGGAAAUACUAACUAUUCUGACUCCACUGGAGGCUCCAUCUGAUCCCCUCCCACUUCCUGUGUGUCUCAGUACCAGCCAUGAUCACGUCAUAUCCCAACAACACGCUGGCCACCAAGGGUGAGAAGAUCGAGAUGAGCUGCAAGGCCCACGGUGAGAAGCCCAUCAUGGUGCGCUGGGAGAAAGAGGUGGAGAAGGAGAAGCAGUCGCACAUCAUCAGCCCGGUCAUGUGGAGGCACACGGUGACAGUCAAGAAGGUCGGCGAGGAGGUCAUCUCUACUCUGGAGAUCUACCCAACCUUGAGGGAGGACUCUGGGUUCUUUUCCUGCCAUGCGAUCAACUCUUAUGGUGAAGACAGAGGCAUCAUUCAGCUUACAGUCCAAGAGCCACCAGAGCCUCCUAAAGUGGAGAUUCGGGAGGUGAAGGAGAGGACCAUCGCUCUCCGCUGGACUAUGGGAUUUGACGGGAACAGCCCCAUCACUGGCUAUGAUAUUGAGUGCAAGAAUAAAACAGUUACUUGGGAAAGAGCUCGCAGAACCAGAGACGUCUCCCCAACGCUGAAUCUGGCCACCAUCAUCGAGCUCCACCCUUCAUCUACCUACAAUAUCCGCAUGUUUGCCAAGAAUCACAUCGGGGACAGUGAGCCCAGCAACGAGCUCACAGUCACCACAGAUGAAGCAGAUCCUGAAGGUCCACCCCAAGAUGUGACUCUCGAAGCGAUGUCUUCUCAGAGCAUCAAGGUCACAUGGAAGGCUCCUCAGAAACACCUCCAAAACGGCAUGAUCAGAGGCUACCAGGUGUGCCACAGGGAGCACUCGGUGAACGGAAGCCACCAGUUCAUCUGCCUGAGCGUGGAGAGCACGAGCGAAACGGAGACGCUCACACUGAACAACCUGAAGAAGUUCACGCAGUAUGAGGUGGUGGUACAGGCGAGCAACAGCGCUGGACCGGGACCUGCAUCCAGCGAAGUGCGAGCUACCACCAUGGAGGACGUUCCCAGCAGAGCUCCAGAGAAGGUCACUGCCACGGCUACGUCUCCUGAGACCAUCUCUCUGUCGUGGACAACACCCGCUCGGGAAGCUCUGAACGGCGUGCUGCAGGGCUUUCGCAUCAUCUACUGGGCCAAUCUACCUGAUGGAGAACUGGGUGAGAUCAGAAACAUCACCACCCUGCUGCCUCCUCUUGAGCUGGACGGUUUGGAGAAAUUUACCAAUUACAGCAUUCAGGUGCUGGCGUUCACCCGGGCUGGAGAUGGCGUACGAUCCGAGCAGAUCUACAUCCGCACCAAAGAGGAUGUUCCAGGUCCACCAGGCGGCGUGAAGGCGGCAGCAGCAUCCAACUCGGUGGUGUAUGUUUCCUGGCUCCCGCCACUCAAACUAAAUGGCGUGAUCAGGAAAUACACAGUGUUCUGCUCCAGCUCGUACCCCACGGUGGUGAGCGAGUUCGAUGCUGCUCCGGACGAAUUCCUCCACAAGGUCCAGAAUCUGAGUCGGAACAGGAAGUACAGCAUCUGGGUGAUGGCAGUGACGGCGGCCGGGCGCGGGAACAGCAGCGAGGUCAUCACGGUCGAACCGCUCGCUAAAGGUGGUACAGUGAGGAAUUUUGAUUUACAAUCCCUAAAUGUUAUGCAAAUACUGCUCAACCUGAGAACAUCAUCCCGACAGUGAAGCAUGGUGGUGGUAGUAGAAUCACGUUGACGUUAACCCUUGGCCUAUUAAUUGUAAAUAGUUUCAAUAUUGUGGACUUUUUUGUGCAGAUUCAGGAUAUAUAAUCCCAAUGCAAAAUGCAGCUGUCACUAAUGCUGUUUUAUAGCUGCAUUCAGAAAAUCCUGCUUCCUCGAGCCCGCUUCCAUGUAGUGAGUGAGCCGGUGUGUUUGUGUAAUGCAGCUCCUGCCAGGAUCCUCACCUUUAGUGGCACAGUGACAACGCCCUGGAUGAGAGAUAUCGUCCUGCCCUGCAGGGCUGUGGGAGAUCCGCCACCUACAGUCAAAUGGAUGAAGGAAAGUGGGAGCCCAGGCCCGGCCAUCAUCG